GCUGGCAGUGUAAGAGCCAGAUGGAGGACUACAAAUCCCAGAAUGCACUUCUGCCUGGCGUGGGAACCGCAGUCUCGGAAUGCGGCCUUUCCCGGCGUGCUGUGCGGCCGCGCCGGCGACCGGACCCCGGCUCGGUGGGGCUGAGACGCACCGGGCGCGAGCCGGGGGAGGUGGGAGUAUCAUGCGUGUGAGCUCGGCCGCUUGGCUCUCGGGACCGCUGUUGCUGGGUUUCAAAUCCUAAGCAAGCGUGCAGAUUUUGUCUGCAGCUGCUUCUGAGAAAGAUGGCCAAUUUGAACCUCAGAGAAGUAACCUUAAUAAUAGGUGUAGUCACUGCCUGCUAUUGGAACAGUCUCUUCUGUGGUUUUGUUUUUGAUGAUGUUUCAGCAAUAUUAGAUAAUAAAGACCUGCAUCCAUCUACACCUUUAAAAACUUUAUUUCAGAAUGACUUCUGGGGUACCCCUAUGUCUGAGGAGAGAAGCCACAAAUCUUACCGCCCUUUCACAGUACUAACAUUUCGCUUCAAUUAUCUGCUUAGUGAAUUGAAACCAAUGUCAUAUCAUCUCUUGAAUAUGUUUUUUCAUGCUGUGGUUAGUGUGAUAUUUCUUAAAGUCUGCAAACUUUUCCUGAACAAUAGGAGUAGUAUGGUUGCAUCUUUGCUUUUUGCGGUGCACCCAGUCCAUACAGAAGCGGUAACAGGUGUUGUCGGAAGAGCAGAACUUUUGUCAUCUAUAUUUUUUUUAGCUGCAUUUUUGUCGUAUACUAAAUCACAAGGACCCAAUAAUUCCAUAGUAUGGACUCCAAUCGCUUUGACGGUAUUUUUAGUAGCUGUUGCCACACUGUGUAAAGAACAAGGAAUAACAGUUGUAGGAAUCUGCUGUGUAUAUGAAGUAUUUAUUGCCCAGAAGUAUACUUUGCCAUUAUUAAUCACUACUGCUGGACAGUUUCUUCGUGGAAAGGGCAGUAUUCCAUUUUCCUUGCUGCAGACUCUGAUAAAGCUCAUUGUUCUGAUGUUUAGUACACUAUUGCUUGUUGUGAUCAGAGUGCAGGUUAUUCAGUCCCAACUUCCAGUGUUUACCAGGUUUGAUAAUCCGGCAGCUGUGAGCCCAACACCCACCAGACAGCUCACUUUUAACUACCUCCUUCCUGUCAAUGCUUGGCUGCUGUUGAAUCCGUCUGAGCUCUGCUGUGAUUGGACCAUGGGCACCAUACCGCUGAUAGAGUCAUUUCUAGAUGUUCGAAAUUUUGCUACAUUUAUUUUCUUUGGCUUACUGGGGUCUUUGGGAGUAUUCAGUCUCCGAUAUCCUGGUGAUUCCUCUAAGACUGUUUUAAUGGCACUUUGCUUAAUGGCAUUGCCAUUUAUACCGGCAUCAAACCUUUUUUUUCCAGUUGGAUUUGUUGUUGCUGAGCGAGUUUUAUAUGUUCCUAGCAUGGGGUUCUGUAUUUUGGUAGCCCAUGGAUGGCAGAAAAUAUCAAACAAAAGUGUAUUAAGAAAGUUAUCUUGGGCUUUUCUGUCUAUGGUGAUCUUCACGCAUGCUUUAAAAACUCUCCAUAGAAACUGGGACUGGGAGUCCGAAUAUACACUAUUUAUGUCAGCCUUGAAGGUAAAUAAAAAUAAUGCUAAAUUAUGGAAUAAUGUUGGCCAUGCUCUGGAAAAUGAAAAGAACUUUGAGAGGGCUUUGAAAUACUUCUUACAGGCUACCCAUGUUCAGCCAGAUGAUAUAGGUGCCCACAUGAAUGUAGGAAGAACUUACAAAAAUUUAAAUAGAACCAAAGAAGCAGAAGAAUCUUAUAUGAUGGCCAAAUCACUGAUGCCUCAAAUUAUUCCUGGUAAAAAAUACGCAGCCAGAAUUGCCCCUAACCAUUUAAAUGUCUACAUCAAUCUGGCAAACCUCAUUCGUGCAAACGAGUCACGACUAGAAGAAGCAGAUCAGCUAUACCGGCAAGCAAUCAGCAUGAGGCCCGACUUCAAGCAAGCUUACAUUAGCAGAGGAGAAUUGCUCUUAAAAAUGAAUAAACCUCUCAAAGCAAGAGAAGCCUAUCUUAAAGCACUAGAGUUGGACAGAAACAAUGCAGAUCUUUGGUACAACUUGGCAAUUGUUCAUAUUGAACUUAAAGAACCAAGUGAAGCCUUAAGAAAUUUCAACCAUGCUUUAGAAUUAAAUCCAAAGCAUAAACUGGCAUUAUUUAACUCUGCUAUAUUAAUGCAGGAAUCAGGUGAUGCUAAACUCAGACCAGAAGCUAGAAAACGACUUCUAAGCUAUAUAAAUGAAGAGCCACAAGAUUCAAAUGGAUAUUUCAAUCUUGGGAUGCUUGCCAUGGAUGACAAAAAGGACACAGAAGCAGAGAUGUGGAUGAAAAAGGCCAUCAGACUGCAGGCUGACUUCAGAAGUGCUCUGUUUAAUCUGGCUCUCCUGUAUUCUCAGACAUCAAAGGAAUUAAUGGCUUUACCAAUUUUGGAAGAGCUACUCAGAUACUAUCCUGAUCAUAUCAAGGGACUCAUUUUAAAGGGAGACAUUCUGAUGAAUCAAAAGAAAGAUAUAUCUGGGGCCAAAAAAUGUUUUGAAAAGAUUUUAGAGAUGGAUCCAAGCAACGUGCAAGGGAAACACAAUCUCUGUGUUGUUUAUUUUGAAGAGAAGGACUUGCUAAAAGCUGAAAAAUGCCUGGUUGAAACAUUGGCCUUGGCACCACAUGAAGAAUAUAUUCAGCGCCAUUUAAGUAUAGUCAGGGAUAAAAUUUCCUCAGCUAGUUUUGUAGAACAACCGUUCCUUGCAGCUGAAAAGACUUCAGGUGCAGUAGGAGACCAAACCCCCUCCAAAAACGUAAAAGAACUCAAAAGUGAGCCCAGACCCACACAGACAAUAAAAUCACAGGACAAUAAAAGUCAGUCUAAGUCAAAAAAACAGUUAGGAAAAAAUGCAGACAAAGAGAACCCACAGAAAACAACAAAAGAAAUCAAAGAAAUUGAGAAAAAAAGAGUCGCUGCUUUAAAAAGACUAGAAGAGAUUGAACGUAUUCUAAAUGGUGAAUAGCGUUACUCUUACUCGCAGGAUAAUUGUUUUCACAGAACUUCAGUCUGGAUCAUGUGGUUUCUUGUGAGGGAAACUAAAAAUAACAGUGAUUUGUAACAUUCUUCUAAAAUGCAUCUAUGAGGAUUCAAAGGAAGAUUUUUCAAUAACCUCUCUUAUUACUCCACAAUAUUGAUUAUUUCAGAGGACAGUUCCCUGAGUUUUUGGUGAAUUUAGAAGAAAUAUUAAACAUGGAGGCAACUCUAUCAUUUUUACUAUAGAUAGAAUAAUCUUCCAGUAAAAUAGUCUUAUUCGUUCUAAAUUCAAAAUCUGAGGCCUGAAUGACAAUUCCUUUGAGGCAGUUCUAGGUCCUGUUAGUUUAUUUGAAAUAUUAAACAUGGUGGCACUAUCAUUUUUACUAUAGAUGGAAUAAUCUUCCAGUAAAAUAGUCUUAUUCGUUCUGAAUUCAAAAUCAGAGGCCUGAAUGACAAUUUUUUUGAGGCAAUUCUAGGUCCUAUUAGUUUAUGUGUAAAUUUCUUUAUUACCUAGUUCUGUUAUUUUCCUUUCCUUCACCUGUUGGGAUCUGUCUAUGGAUCGAAAACACUGAUUGAGCACAUUGUUUUUUCCUCAUUAGCCUUCUGUAUAGCCACAAGAUUUACUUUGCACUACAAAAGAUUAAUUACUUUAUUUUGUUGGGAUUCCCCCUGCCAUUGCCUCAGCUUUUGGACUAUACAGAGAAGUUUUUGGGGAUUACCCUCAGUUCUUUGCUCAGGGCCGCACCUAGCCAGCUGGAGGACUAUGUGAUGUACUUACGUCAAACAUUUUAGCCCCGUUACUGCCUCUCCUACU